AUGGAGUCGGAUGGAGAAACCUUCAAAUUGAUAAUUAAAACCAUGGGUGAUAGUUCUAUCCCAAUAGAAAUUAACGGGGACGCGAAAAUUCUCGAGCUGAAAGAAAAAAUACAAGCCGCACUUGAGAAUAUUCAAAACGAAGAUGUUUUGGAGCGCGACAAUCAAAGGAUAAUAUUCAGAGGGAGACUACUGAACAACGAUUUGAAAAUAAAAGACAUCCAGAAUCUGGAGCGCGAAGGAGGAGUGAUGCAUGUAGUGAGGUUGAAUAUUCCGGCUCCGGGAAGAAAUGACCCGACUGCGGCUCAGCGGGAAAAUUUGGAGCAAAUGGCGAGGAAUGAACUCGUCAUGGCGAAAAUCAGAUCGCUGGAGACUUUGUUAAAGAAUGCAGAUCAAUGCGUCUCAUAUUCUCAAAGAAACACGAAUUGGAACGAGAGGCGUGAACUCCAAGAGCCUGAAAAUCUUGGAGAGGGAGUUAUGUCUGUCAAAGAUUUUGGCAACGUAGCUGAAGAUUUCGGCGAAAGUAUGUUCCACACUUUUUUACAAAAAAGCAACUUUCAGCAAUGA